AUGCCAAUGUUCUGGCAUUUAAACUUGAUAUUUCCAGAACAUUCUGCAAAUAUUACUAUUAGUUUAUUUGUGAAUGAACAUAAUCAUGAGUUAAGGUUAAACACCUAUGAAUUUAAAAUCAAGUAUAGAGAAUUAUCAAAAGAGUUGAUGGACGAAAUUGAAAUAAUGACUAAAUAUACUGGUAUUGAAAGUACUUCUCGAGUUGAAGGAAUGAAUGCAAUUAUUAAAAGAACUAUUAGAAGUAAUUUCACUUUAUGUCAACUUGUUGAUCAAUUAUCUGAGCGGCUUAUUUCAGAAAUUCAAUAG